ACAGGUGACAACUAAGUCGGUGGCGCAGUGUGUGGAGUUUUACUACACGUACAAGAAACAUGUCAAGAUCGGCCGUAACGGGACGCUGAUUUACGGCGAGGCAGAACCUCUUGAGAGCAGGACCACUGAGGAGGAGAUGGACCACAAGGGCUCUCACAGGUUGGAGCCACAACGAGAGGAGGACAGCAGGAAGUGGGAGGGGUCAGCAGAUAGAAAACAGGAUGUCGGCCCCGCCAGGGUGGCACACACGCUGCAGUCCUCCGACAAACCUGGGACCGUGCUGAUCAUGAAAGGCCAGGAGGACGUGGGGAGGGACCAGCCGCCGUCCCGGGUCAUUCACCCCCCUCCUCCCCCUCCUCCCAGCUCCAAAACGCGCUACGACAGCAACGCACGCAAGACCAGCCCAUCAACAGGCAAUAAAGGCUCAGCUGGUCAGGAGGGAGAGUUCCCCUGCAAGAAAUGUGGCAGGAUUUUCUACAAGGUAAAGAGCCGCAGCGCCCACAUGAAGAGCCACGCCGAGCAGGAGAAGAAGGCUGCAGCGCUGCGCCAAAAGGAGGCAGAGGAGCGAGCGGCCGCAAAAGCAGCCGCAGAGGCCGCUGCCGUCCUCGCUGCACGGCAGCAGAACGGGACACGGCAGGUGGCCGGGGACAGCACCAACGAAGACUCGUCGGACAGGGACGACGAGGACGACGAGGACUGGCAGUAAGAGAAAGGACGCACACACUGACUGCUCCACGCAGUGUGGCUUUACUCUCUGAGAGGGGAGGAGAGUUUUUUUAAAAAAACAAAGAAGAACCCCUCCUGUGAACUUUGUGUAUAUUUUGUAGAACAAGACUUCCUUUGCUUGGCACAUUCAGGGACAGGUUUACUCCCGUGUGUGUGUGUGUGUGUGUGUGUGUGUGUGUGUGUGAGAGAGACACACACACAACGGCUGUAUGUGCUUUCCAAAACUCACCAACGCCCCUUUACUCUGCUUGAAAAGCUUUUCAAGAGUUACCUCUCUUGGUCACAGGGCUCAGUCAAAUCAAAGCCAUGCCACCUCUCUCUGCGCUGUCCUGCUCUACAUGCCAGGCCGCCGCCUUUCUCAGCACUUCGAGUCUUCGCCCUGCGUCCUUUUGAAAGGCGUGGAACUUGUCAGCCCCCCCCCCCCCCCCCCCCCCGCCAACUCUUGAUGAGCCGCAGCUCGCGCUUGCUUAAGCUGCAAAACCAACUGGAUGAAGAUGGAAGGAUGGAUGGCAUGUGCAAACUGUUGCCUUUGUUUUCAUCGUUCUUCUGCACUCAAGGCUGCCAAAAGCUUUCUCAGACGCAUGAUGUGCACCAAAUGGGUUGCCUCUCUGACAGCGUUGUUCAUUUGGGCUUUAGUUCUGUGAAUCCCCCCUCAGCCCUUGUCACUUUUUUAAAAUUCUCAGUUUGUUCCUCACUGUUGAUGCCUUGGAUGUUUUGAUGCUUUUUAUCUUGAAAUGACAAUCAAUUUUACACUGUUGUUGUUUUUUUUUUUAUAAAUAUAUACAGGUAAAUGUUACUUUUUCUGCCUGUGUAGCUAUAUAUAGUUAUUGUUGUUUUUGUGAAUAUUCUUGUUGAUUAUUAUUCAUAUUAAUAUUAUUAUAUCCUGGUUUUGGCUGCAAUUUAAUUCAGCGCUUCUCCGUACUUGUCCAUAGCUUAUCUUUCUUUUUUUUUUAUUUAAACAAAAAACAAAAAUAAUGCUACUUGCUGCCUGUUUAUAACUGUGAGAUUUAUUGGGAAGCCAGAAAUGAAGAAAAGGCAGAAAUGUAUGUGCAAUAGAACAAGUUGACCCCCUGUUUCUUCAGUGCCCAAGCCCUCCCCUUCUUUGUGUCAUGCUCUGGAUGCCUCUCUGUCAACUCUGUAACUGAUAGGAGGUACUGACUCGGGCUGUUGAAACCGCAGGUCACUAUAGAUACACAUAACAAAGUGGGAAAGACAACAACCGGUGCAAAUGGACUCAAGACACAUUUUGGAAAGAUUGUUAUGACAUGCUUACUGCCCUGAUAUUUUAACUAUAAUUUUACAUCCACGUUCUCUUUGUUUGUAUAUACAAACAGGCCGUGAGAGAAGCAGAAGCAUUCUGUACUGCAAACCAAACUUAACCCAGAUUUUGCAGGUUUUAACAGGAAAUUUUGAAUGCUGACGAGACAUGCAUUUGCUUUUAGAACCAGGUAUCACAUACACGAAAUGGCUGUCAGAGAUUUCAGCUGGAGUUUACAUUUUACACCUUUUCACCUGUUGUUGAUUUGUAUAUUUUCUAAUGGGCAGUAAGAGAAACAAAACAUUCUUUGCUGUAAACCAAACUUAACUCAAAUUUUGCAGGUUUUUACAGGCGAUUCUAAGUGCUGUUAUGUAUAUUUUCACACUUAAGUCCCUGUGGGCUGAUAUUUGGUUACUUUCUCUCUCUUUUGCCAGCACGGACAAGCGUCUCAAACUGUGUUUUGAUCGUUGUACAGGGUGAAGAGCGCGCCCUGCUGAUACCUUGUCUAUGUAGGUCAGCAGUUAACUGAAGGGCAGCAGCGUGACACAGCUUACAAAUGUAUUAAGGAAAAUGUUGAACAAUGAAAAAGGAACAACUUGAUGGGGAAAAAUGUGCAAAUGUGGUCAAAUUUAAAUGCAUAUUUGACUGUAUAGUGGUGGUUAGGAAAGAAUUCAUAACAUCUGAGGUGGACAAACUGCCUGGCUGUUAUUAAAAGCUAAUAUCAGCUCAAUACGUUCAUCUGUCUACCCCUAACGUGUAUCUAUGGUUGACCUUUUUUCUCUGUUUACCUUAAUGCUGAUAGCAGGCACUGAAUUGGACUGUGGAAACGACACGUUGUGAUCCGUCUGUCUCUACAUAUCUCUAUUUUAAGCCCUUUCGGCUAGGAGCCAGUUUCUGUUGCCAUAGCAACAAAUGGGUUAAAGGGUUAUUUUUCUUUAAAGGACAAACCACAUAGUGGGGAGUUUGGGGGAGCAACUGGGAAAAACGGCUCCACUUACCAGUUACUUCACAAGUUAAACCUGGGUCUAUGCACAGACUGUGUGUGUGUGUGUGUGUGUUUUUGUGUGAGAGAGAGAGAGAGAGAGUGGUCAAAUGUUAAACUGUAAGCCAGUCAAUGAAGAAGAAAAAAAGUUUUGCAGACUGUUCACAUGUUUGGUAUGUUAAUUUAUAUUUCCUUCUGAUUUGGGCUUGUCUUGAGGUUCUCACGGCGGGAGAGUUGUUAUUUUAAAGAAGAAUUAGAGAUGAAAUCGAGGCCACGACACAAACACAAAGCUGUAAACUUUCCUCAUUGUAUCUGGUCGGUUAAGGGAAUUUUAAAGGGGACAAAAGGUUUAUUUAGCUAAAGAUUAGAAAAUAUAUAUGAAUGAAAUUCUAUGUUUGCAUACUUUCUAUGCUAUUUUCAUAUGGGGUUCACACUAAUGAUGAAAACGGAAAGGAAUCUCAAGUGCUUUUUACUACAGUGUAACUUAUUUGUUUUCGAUUUGAUUUUUACCACCUGUGUUUUUAGUAAUGAUUUAUGAAGCACUGUAUAUUAAAGUUUUAAAAUAUUCA